AUGGACUUGAACUUUCGAUUCUCGAACCUGAUUGGUUCUGUAUACCGAAAUGGAAAUGUGAUAUUCUCACCUGAUGGGAACUCUGUUAUAAGUCCGGUUGGAAACAAAAUCUCUAUUUUUGAUCUUAAAAAUAAUGUAUCAAGGACAUUGUCUUUCGAUUGUUUGCACAAUAUCAUGGCAGUGGCCAUGAACAGCACAGGAUCGCACAUGAUUGUUUCCAACGAAGGUGGACAUGUCCUCUACAUCAACACGAGUACAGAAACUGUGAUAUUCAAGUUCAGAGCAAACAGAACCGUUCGAGCUGUGCAGUUCUCACCGGACGGGAAGUUUAUUGCGAUAUGCCGUGAUAUGGACUUACAAAUACAAGAAAUAGGAAAGCAGUCAAUGUCAAUGUAUUAUCCGUUUCAUCUUUCUAAGACGUAUAAGUUGUCAUCAGAGACUUUGAACUGUGUCGAUUGGUCGAGCGAUGGAUGUCUCGUUGUAGCUGGUGGAGAAGAUCAUAUUGUUCGAAUAGUAGGCGCCCGUGACUACCGAAACCUUUUCAUUCAUUCAUUGGCUUCACAUCAAGGCCCCAUUGUGACAUGCCAGUUUUUGAACAAUAAUUAUGAUUUGUUGUCUGUAUGUAAACGUGGUAUUGCCAAUGUUUGGACAGCGUCGAUUCAACCUGGAGAUCUUGUUGAAGGUAAGUGGACGAAGCCAGACGAAAAUGAAAUGGAAAGCGAAGAUGAAUCGGUGACAAGACUCCACUAUGAGAAAUCCAAAAGAUACUCACUCCUAGAAUCGUCCGGCAGCGGUAAGUCAGGAAUCGAUGUCACAUCUUGUCGUAUACACACAAAGACGAACAUCUUGGUAACCGCGUAUUCCAAUGGCGUAUUUGUUCUUCAUGAAGUGCCUUCGUUUUCCUUAAUUCAUAAUUUACGGGUGUCGGAAAUGCAAAUUACGACCGUAGCGAUAAACAAUACAGGAGAUUGGUUAGCAUUAGGCUGUGGUAAAGGGUCUGCAGCGCAAUUGGUGGUAUGGGAAUGGCAGUCGGAGACCUACGUUUUGAAACAACAAGCUCAUUCGCAACGAGUUCUCGCAGUGCAGUACUCGCCAGACGGCUCCUUACUUGCUACUGGAGCAGAAGAUGGGAAGGUGAAAAUCUGGAACGGCAAUACAGCCUUCUGCACGGUGACUUUCGAUGAGCACACCUCGGCCGUGACAGGCGUUUGCUGGACGCAAAGCGGUAAAGCGGUUCUCAGUGCCUCUUUGGAUGGAACGGUGCGAGCUCAUGAUCUGAAAAGGUAUCGAAACUUCCGUACUCUUGUAUGUCCGGAGCCGACGCAACUCGGUAGCUUAGCCGUGGAUCACUCCGGUGAUAUAGUCGUAGCCGCGGCAAAAGAAGUGUUCAAUAUUUUUGUAUGGAGUAUGGAAAAUGGUUCCUUGCUAGAUGUGCUGAGCGGACAUCGAUCAAAUAUUGCUGGUAUAAGUAUGAAUGGAAAUGCGUUAGUUAGUGUUUCAUGGGAUCGGACGUUGAAAUUGUGGAACAUUGUGGACUCGACAUGUGAGACAACUGACCUUGUGCAAGAAGGUAUCGCUGUGUCGUUUUCACCUUGCGGACUGAUGAUAGCUGUGCUCACUGUCGACUCAAAUAUCACCUUUUAUGGAAAGGAUAUGACUUUCAUUGGGUCGAUUGAUGCCAGGUUAGACCUGGACCCAUCAAGAGGACAAACUGACUUGAUCACACGGCAAAAUGCAGCUCAGAGCAAAUCAUUCACGAGCAUGCAGUUUUCUCCUGAUAGCGCAUUGCUGUUAUUGGGUGGAGACUCGAACAACUUCUGCUUGUAUUCGGUGGUGGAUCGUAUGCUCGUGAAGAAGUUUCAGAUCACAGAAAAUCGAAGUUUUGAUGGAGUUGUGUUGGAUGUGAAUCGUCGUAACUACACCGAAUUUGGUAAUAUGGCCCUUUACGACUCAUCGGAUUCCGAAACUGAACCGGAUGGCAAGCGAGCUAUUCGGCUCCCUGGCUCAAAGCAUUUUGAUUUGGGAGAGCGAUCUGCACGACCUCAAAUAGCAGUCUAUGCAGUGACUUUUUGUCCAACAGGUCGACAAUUUGCCGUGUGUAGUACGGAAGGUGUCGGGGUGUAUUCAUUGGAUACAGUAGGCUUAUUCGAUCCAUUCCAGCUGGACAGUCAGACGACGCCUGCAAUGAUAAAAAACGCUCUUUCGUUGAGCGAUUAUUCAACUGCUCUCAUGGCGAGUUUGCGGCUGAACGAUACUUCACUAAUACAGAGAAGUAUGGAAAGUACAUCUUUGGAGCAGAUCGAAUUAGUUGUUCGUUCUCUGCCCUUAUCGUAUGUGGAAAAGCUGCUGAAGUGGAUGACUGAUGGUCGAGUAGUGGCGAGUUCAACGCAUGUGCACUUUUACAUGAUAUGGCUGCGGCAUAUUCUCAAUAUUCAUGGCAUGCGUCUAAAAGGACGAACAGAUGUUGCUAUAUUGACCGGAAUUCAACAGAUUGUUGCUCAUCAUACCCAGAUGAUCUCUAAGUUAGCUGAUCAAAACAAAUUUGGCUUACGAUAUAUUAUGGCAGCUCGGAAGCUGCAGCGAAAGAAUGACACACAGAGUAUGGAGUGUUAA